GCUGGCCAAUCCAUGGAUGUCACUAGAAGGAAGCAACAACCUCAGCAACCGCGUCAACUCCUAUCUUGUACCAAAUGUCGCGAACGGAAGGUCAAAUGCGAUCGCACUAAACCCUGCUCAGCCUGUUGCGCACGAGGAGCGCCCAAAGAAUGUCACUUUGUUGCAGAAGGAGGUGACUACGCUCCAAUUCAACAAUCAUACGAACUGCGCAAACUUCGCGCGGAGAACCUACGGCUAAAAGAACGAUUGCGUACCAGCAAGAUAUCCAUCGAAGAUGAUGAUUCCGACCAAUCUUCAGAGUCUCAACCCGGCGACAGGUCCCGGGCAUGCUCAAUCAAGAGGCGUGCAGCGCGUCAAAAACGGUUCCACGGCUCUGAGUGGUCCGACUCGAUAUACUUUGGCUCUCCGGGACUAGCGAACAUCAUCGCAGACUUUGCAACUGUAAAUUUAACACCUACUAACGCACAAUCUCUGGCGCAUCAUAUGCCCCGCGGUCCAGAUAUGUUCACACCAAAAACACCCUCUUCGUACCCGUUUGCCACACUGUUUCCUGCCACUCCAGAACAGUGCAUACCGCAGCUUCUAGAUAUUCUUCCAUGCCGGAAAGAGCUCUUUGAAUACUUGGCCGCCUUUGAAAAGCGUGUUUAUGUUUGCGCAUUUCCUCAUCUCCCUAUCGAGCUCACCAAAAGCGAAAUCGAGCGUUUUCUCUCAGAUCCAGAAAGGAAUGCCCGAAUGUGCCCUGAUACGUUGGCGUUGAUCUUUGCGGCCAUAGCGCUGGGCGCACAACACUCGGUAUGGGACAAGUCUGGCGAACAAUGGAGAGCCGAGUUUGUAGAUGCGGAAGCGCAAAGAGGCAACGUCUACGUCGCCGCCUCAAUGCAAGCCCUCCGCAUUUCGUCGUUCAUGCAUAAACCUUCACUGUUAGCAAUCGAAUCCCUCAUCAUGAUAGGGCCAUUCCUUACCAACUCGGGCCGCUUUCUGGAUGCCUGGAUACUUUUUGGCACUACCGUUCGAUUGGCUCAAGCCAUGGGCCUUCACCGUCACCCAAAGUAUCUGGAUCCAGCUCCACCCAGUCAGAGAGAAUGUUCAAUACGCCAGACUCUCUGGUGGUGGAUGUUGCAUAUGGAUGAGCAGUAUUCGAUGACUUUGGGGCGUCCGCUUGGAAUUAGCGGCAUGGGGGACUGCCCACCUCCACACGAGCUCACGACAGAUCCACAAAUGCUACGAUUUAGCGAGUUCAUCAACCACUUUACGAUACUGGCCAGGCAGAUCCUGAGUAGCGAUCGAUUGACUGACGCCAAGAUUGACGAGUUCACCGAUCUUCUAGGCGGACUCCUGGACACGAUGCCCGAGAUGCUUCAAUUUGAUGAGUCUUGGCUAAACGAGGACAACGAACUUCCCGAAUGGCCAUUGAGCGCCAUGGCUGCUGGUACUCAACAAGCCUUCAGCAGCUCUAUGAUACUCCUCCUGGAUGCACUGGAGACUGGUAAUCUUUUACACGUGAGGAAAGUCGAACAGGCAUAUGUUGUUUUCAGGGAGCUACAGGACAAUGGUGUCCAUAAGCUUGCAGGCUUAGCUGUGGAAAAGUUGAGCUGGGGUCUAGACCAACUGCGCAAGAACAUGGGAGAAUUUGGCAUACAUCACUCUCCGGACAGUAUCCAGUCAGCAGGUGCAGCUCAAGAUGGAGCGGAUCGUGUCACAGGAGCUCCACAGGAUACGGUCAUGGGCAACACAGGCAUGCUGCUACUCGAGGAAGCAGGUCUGCAGUCAUACACCCCCGAACGCUUUGCGCCCUUCACAUGGGCCAUAACAGGAACUGAGAGUGAGGAUAUGACUCCAAACCAAUCGAAGCAAGAGGAGUCGGAAUACCAUGGAAAGGCCAAUCGAUUGGCUCGCAUGAAGCUGGAAAGCUCAAAUAAA